ACAGACUGAAUUGUUUAUAUUUUUCUCAAGAGAAUUGUUCUGAACUAUAAUUAUCACUUGGUAAGGAUCAAAGGAAAACUCAAAUAUGAGCGACGACACGGACGAAUACGAUGAGCCAAAUCACAAAUCUUUGAUGAUUUUCGGACGAGAUGUCUCCCAAAUUCCCUGCUUUAGACAGAGCUUCUUGUACGGGAUAAGUGGAGGAAUAGCAGCAGGAUUUGCAACGUUCCUCUUCACGUCGCGCACUAGACUGUCUUCUCACGCAGCAGUGGCUUUUUUCUGUUUCACAACACUGGGCUAUUGGUCUCAAUGCCGAUACAAUUGGUCAAAAACAAAGUUCGAGUACAAUCAACUAAAACGUGGUAUGCAAGAAUAUGCUAUGUACGAAGGAACAGAUCUAGCCAAAGAGGUACAAAAGAGAGGAACAGAUGCUUGAGAGAUAACACUGUAUGAGUAGAGAUUAAAUCAUUUUUAGAUUAAUAAAUAAACCAUAAUUCACUUA